GGGCAUGAAUCUCGAUUUUAUUAUGCGCUAUAUACCUUAUUGGUACUAGCUCCUUCUUCUAUGACAAGCUGAAUCAUGGAGAGGAGUUGAAGUAAGCUUAUGUGGAUUUCACAUGAUUAAAGAAUAGAGUGUCAGAUAUAUGGAGAGACAAAGCGCGAUAUUGUACCGAAUUGGUGGUUGGCGUAGAACUUUAUUGAUAGGGUGGGAUGGAAAUAGCCCAAUCAGCCCUCUAUGGAAAUCGACGUCACGGAUGCAGUGAGGGAUAGCUUGGGUAUAUAAGAAGAAAGGAUCUACGAUUGAUUGACGCAAAUAUCAUUAUAAGAAUAAGCAAAGACAUCGACUUUUUCAAUCAACGCGCAACAAACUAACUCUACACCGUCGCAAGAAUGGCAACAACAGCUGCAGCCCAAUCGAUACCUCUCCAAACCACUACCGCCACUACCGCCACUACCUCGUGUUCUUCCCCUCACCAAGUUCUCUCCGUAGAUUUCUCUUGGAUGAAAUGGAAAUCGCUCAUCACAACCCAAGACUCCUCCUCCUCGCAACCACAACCCCUCUACACCGUCUCCUACAAGACCCUCUCCCCAAAUCUCGUCUUCAAAUCCGCCAUCGAUAAAUCCGUCUUCGGCACCGGAACUCUCCACUCCUUCUCCAUCGACUCCGAUUGUUCCCUCCACGAUCAACCUAUCAAGGUGAAAGCCAUGAAACGCUGGAAGACAGAAUACUCGCAUCUAUCUCGCACCUUUUCCCCGUCGAGUAAAGAGCCCAUCCAAAUGCUAUGGACGUCCUCCUCGGGUUGGAAAAAUUGGGAUUUCAUCUGUCUAGAUGCGUCUUCCAUGCCGGUUGCGAAGUUCUCGGCGAACACUAUGAGUUUGAAGAAUGUGGGUCGGAUUGAAUUUAUGGGAGAGGAAGUGAUUGGGAAUGAAGCGUUUAAAGAGGAGAUUGUGGUGGUGGGCAUGACGUUGAUGUAUACGAUGGUUUUGAGAUCGACUAGUUUUUUGAGUCUUUUUGGAGCGGUGUUUGCGAAGCCUGGGAGGAUAGAGAAGGAAAAGGAUGGGAAAGGGGGUAAUGUGAAGGACGGGAAAGGGGGGCAGGAUGGAAAGGUACAUGGGGAUUAGGUGGUUGCGGGGGAUGGAAGAUGAUUAUUUGAGAUAGAGGGUGGAGGUCAGGAUUGGAGAUUUAUAUGAUACCAGGUUUUAUAUUCUAGAUUUAGAUGGCGUUUUUGUGGUGUUUAAUCCUACUUUUGUUUCA